UCCCUCCCAUUAUCUCUGCAGAGAAUAAAGCAGAAUCAGAAGGUAAAGGAAAAACAGCCAAGGCUAAAAAGGAGCCAGCUUCAAUGUUUCAGAUAAAUGGAGACAAACCAGAUUUUAUUGCAAAAAUGAAAGCUGCAGCCACCAAGUCCGACAGCGAGGAGAGUGAACCAGAAACUAAACCCAGCAAGAGCAAAAAGAAAUCCACCACCUCCACCUCCAUGUUUAACGCCGAAGGAGACAAAGACAAGAAAAAAGACAAGAGCAGCAAAGACAAGGAGAAGCAAAACAAGAAGAAGAAUACUGCUAAAUCUGAUGAAAGUGAUGAUGAGGAUGCAGAAGUGUCCAAAAAGAAGAAAGGCAAAGGAAAGAAAAGUAAAAAGGAGGAGAGACCUCCAUCUCCCGAGAUUGAGUUUGAUGAUCUUGAGGAGUUUGUUCUUCAACCUGCACCUCAGGGAACCACCAUUAAGUGUAAAGUGACGCGAGACAAGCGUGGGAUGGACAGAGGCUUCUACCCCACUUAUUACCUCCAUUUAGACAAUGACAAGAAGGUUUUCCUAUUGGCUGGUCGAAAAAGAAAAAAGAGUGCGACAUCGAAUUAUUUGAUUUCCAUAGAUGCCACUGAUCUAUCACGGGGUGGAGAUAACUUUAUCGGAAAGUUGAGAUCCAAUCUCAUGGGUACAAAAUUCACAGUGUUUGACAAUGGCCUCAACCCUGAUCGUGCCCUCAGAGACAUGUCUAACGCCCGGCAGGAGCUGGUGGCUAUCAUUUAUGAGACAAAUGUGUUGGGGUUUAAAGGGCCCAGAAAAAUGUCAGUGGUCAUCCCGGGCAUGGAUGAUGAAAAUGAGCGAGUGCCGAUACGUCCACGUACUGAGAACGACAGUAUACUUGUGCGCUACCAAAACAGACAGAUGGACAACCUGAUAGAACUCCACAACAAAACACCAGUUUGGAAUGACGACACGGCUUCAUAUGUGCUCAACUUCUCCGGUCGAGUCACGCAGGCCUCAGUCAAGAACUUCCAGAUUGUUCACAGCAAAGACAACAGCUACAUCGUGAUGCAGUUCGGGAGAGUGGCAGAUGACAUGUUCACUCUGGACUAUAAUUACCCCAUGUGUGCGGUGCAGGCGUUUGCUAUUGCUCUGUCCAGCUUUGAUGGCAAAUUGGCCUGUGAAUGAACACAAGAUACAAUAUUUACGAACUGGAGUUUCUAUGUAACAAGGAAAUUUUGAUGAUGUGGGACAUUUUUGGGGAGGUUCACUGUGCCUGAAUGUGAUGAACAUAGGCAUUGCACAUGCACACAUGUGCUGCAUAGAUGUGGUAAACGCAGGUUACAUAAAAUGAAUGUUUGACUUUAUCUUGGGUUGUAUUGAGAUUUAUGUGUUCAGGUUUUCUUUUUUUUACAUCAAAAGUAAAUGAUUAGUGCGCAAUAUGUUUCGAUUGUCAAACAUAUGACAAUGUUCUGUGGUGUGAAAUAUAUGAUAACAUACAUGAGUGUGCAUUUAAGUUAUUUAAAAAAAUGCAAAUGCCUUUCUGUAUAUUCUUCUGGUUUGUUAUGAUGUUUUUUUGACCACGCAUUUUAAAAAAAAAAUCAAGGAAAUUUUUUUUUUUUCGGUCACACUUU